GCUUCGGUUGCUUGGCUCUUCCGCCCCCAGCAAGCACUUUGCUAUUUGCAACUCCCUUCUUUUAAUGAUGACUCGGUCCGUCAGCGCUUUCAGUGUUUUGAAGAGUCUGCCUGUUCUCUGAAGUUUAAAUCACGCGGUAGGAAGCUCUGAAUAAUCACGUGCAAUAAAUCUUUGUAGGAAAAGAAACAUUCGAAGUCUUUGCUGCCGAUUCGUAAGAGGAUGUCUCGUCAAGCAGUUCGAAGCACGGAUCCCAAGAGAGUGAGCUCGGAGCUUUUCACCUUGACGUACGGAUCACUGGUGGCCCAAAUGCUCAAGGACUACGAGAGCGACGAGGAAGUCAAUAAGCAACUCGACAGAAUGGGUUACAACAUUGGACUGAGGCUGAUUGAGGAUUUCUUGGCAAGGACGAAUGUUGGAAGGUGCCACGAUUUCAAGGAUACAUCCGAUAAGCUUCAGAUGGCCUUCAAGAUGUACCUUGGUAUUAAUCCACCCAUAACCAACUGGAGCCCGGCAGGAGAUGAAUUUUCGUUCAUCUUGGAGAGUAACCCGCUGACUGAGUUCGUAGAGCUACCGGACAGCCACGGCAGCCUCAAGUACUGCAACAUCAUCCCUGGGGUCAUACGUGGGGCUCUUGAAAUGGUUCAGACAGAAGUGGUGGCCUGGUUUGUUCAGGACCAGCUCAAAGGAGACUCCACCUCCGAAUUGCGGAUCAAGUUUGUACGACGUCUGGAGGAUGCCAUUCCGGCUGGAGAGGACUGACCGGGUCAAGUUCUGUGUACAUACGCCCCUUGUCAAGGAGAUCCCCGUGCACAUGUACUCGUCAUCACUUUCAGUAAAGCCCUUUCACAUUCCUUAAUUGUUGCAGGCAAGUGUCUCCCACAUUUUCAUCUUUGAGAGGGCAAUGGUCAGCAACCAAAUGCCUGUUGAUGACCGUGUGAUGUUUGGUUGUUGAUAACAAGGUUCCAGUUUUCCUCUAAAGGGACACUAACCCAAUGUUUGUUUGCUUUUGCAUUCUUUGGUGAGCUCAAUACCGAGGAAGGACAUUCUUACUACGCAGGAAGAAAAAUUUUCUUAUCACGUGAAGCCGACCUCUUUAUAUCAGCCUCCACUUAUUGCGGAGAAGGCGCCGUGUAGCCGAGCUUUCGGUUGCACGUCAAAAGAUCCCCAGGUGGUCGAAAUUAAUCCUCAGUCCUCUGCUGGGGCGUGCCAGAUGCCCGUCGUUGGUUUGGCAUGUAAAACCCCCAAAUUUGACUUAUAUCAGCCUCCAUUGAUUUCCUCCUUUUUUUUCCCUUUCAUGUGGAAUGAUCUACUAAUUGGCUGACCAAAUAUUUAAGGAGUUUUGAGCUUCAAAAGUUGCUUUGCUCGUUAGAUAGUACAUAUAAUAAUUGCAUCUAUGAACGACAUGUUUUGUGCUUAUCAGUAAGGAACAUCUGAUUAUUAUAGAAAAUUGUAAAGCAUCCCCAAUAAAGGGAUGCAAGCAUGCUCAACUGUUUCCAUCUGAUUCAUACUUUCAUGGACACCUUGUUGUGGUAAAAAAGCAAGCAGAGCUUGACUUUAAUAAAAUUGCAUGUAGUUUUUACUUAAAA